ACUGGCCAUGUCAAGUGAGCAAGCCAUAAUAAACAAGAAAUCAAAUACAAGAGUCAUUCUCUGUUCAGUUCCACACAUAUCCAAUGGCAUCACUUCAGUGCCAAAAGCCAGUUGCGCAACAAACUGUCUGCCAGAAAACCACCACUGUCACUUGCCACAAGGCGAAUGAGCACCACUCUUUGGGUGACAAAAUGAAAGAGAUGGUAGGCAAAAUGUAUCACCACGAGAACCACGGUAAGCAAUCCGCCUGCCAUGGCACCACUGCUAUGCAUGGAGGUCAUGGUAGCCACAGUCAGCAGACUGCAUGCCAUGGCGCCAAAACCCACCAAUCAACAGGCCAUGGCUCCACUGCUAUGCAUGGAGGUCAUGGUAGCCACGGCCAGCAGGCUGCAUGCCAUGACGCAAAAACGCAACAUUCAGCAGGCCAUGGCUCCACUGCUAUGCAUGGAGGUCCCGGUAGCCACGGCCAGCAGGCUGCAUGCCAUGGCACCAAAACUCACCAAUCAGCAGGCCAUGGAGCCACUGCUAUGCAUGGAGGUCAUGGUAACCCCAGCCAGCAGACUGCAUGCCAUGGCGCCAAAAAUCACCAAUCAGCAGGCCAUGGAUCCACUGCUACGCAUGGAAGUCAUGGCAACCACAACCAGCAGACUACAUGCCAUGGCUCAAAGAAGGAAGGUGGUUUCAUGCAUAAGAUAGGUGAUCAGCUCAAAACAAUGAGGAGAAAGAAGAACAAAGAUGGACGCUGCAGAGAUGGCAGUGACAGCAGCAGCAGUAGCAGCAGUGAUGAGAGCGACAACGAGAACUGUGGAAGGAGCAAGAGGGGGAGUUGCUGAAGAAGUAAGCUGCAAUAAUCAAGUAAGAGACAGAAGCUAUACCACUAAUGAACUUCUGUUGCUCAAUAAUUAUGUACUUUAUUUAAAGGAGAGAGACGUGUGCUCUGUGUGUGUGAGUGUGUCUGUGAGAGAGUGAGAUGUGCUACAUGAAUAAAUGCUACUAAUUCUAUGUACCUAUCAACUAUGGUCUAUCCAGUAAUGAAAUAAUGUUCUGAGA